CGUCACGCCAAACCGGAAGCGGGCGUGGUGGGCCCCGCCCCGGUAGCUCAGUCCAUCCAGGUUGAAGAGAAAGCGACUUGCACAGCUAAAAAUAUUUCAAAAAGACACACACAAGCCAACCCAAAAUGGCUGGUUUGCCACGCAGGAUUGUCAAGGAGACGCAGCGGCUGAUGCAGGAACCCGUACCCGGCAUCACGGCGACGCCCGAUGAAGGCAACGCACGAUACUUCCACGUGGUCAUCGGGGGACCUAAAGACUCUCCUUUUGAAGGGGGCACAUUUAAACUUGAACUCUUUCUCCCGGAGGAGUACCCCAUGGCAGCCCCCAAAGUGCGAUUCAUGACCAAAAUCUACCACCCGAAUGUUGACCGACUGGGGAGAAUAUGUUUAGACAUUUUGAAAGAGAAGUGGUCUCCAGCCCUGCAAAUCCGCACAGUGUUGCUAUCCAUCCAGGCAUUAUUAAGCGCUCCCAAUCCCGACGACCCCCUGGCAAACGACGUUGCCGAGCAGUGGAAGAAGAGUGAAAGCACCGCCAUCGAAACAGCCCGAACAUGGACCAAGCUGUAUGCAAACUGCAACAACGACCAUCACAACGACCGUCACAGUAGCACCGGGGUCUGAAUGGUGAACCACGACGUGUCCUCCGUUACUGUCAAUGUUUGAAAUUGACGGACAAAAUAAGAUUAUAAGUCCACAUCUAUUUGAAAGAAAUCUACUGUUGCAGACCUUGGGGGAGGGGGCUUUGUUUGUUUGUUUUUCUUUGUAAGAUGGGUUUAACGUGUGUUGUCCCCACUCCCUUCCUUUCGCCCUUAGUCUUCCCUUGUGUUGCUAUUUAAAUGCAUGGACAGAGAAUGACACCCCUCCUCACUUACAGUCUUAAGAUGAAUAAUGUGUGUUCAUAUACAGUAUCAUGGAAGAGCCAGGUGCACACUGGUACGAAAUCAUCAUGAAUUAAAAGCUGUCCUACUUUUAAUACA